GCCCCGGACUCUGAGCCAGAGCGCAGCGGCGAGCGUGACUCCGCCAUCAGGUCCCCGGCUCCCUCCCUGGGCCUAGCCCACUCCGCUGCGCCAGCUCCGCGGGCAGUGAGUUCGGGGGACAACGGAACCCGGGGCUCCCUCGCACCAACCCCAAAUCCUGCCCUCCUGGCGAUGAGGCUUUGCUAGGGCACCUCCACAAUCCCGGCAUGACGGAGGAGGAGGAAAGGACUGAGGGAUCCCCUCAUAGCCAGCUGGGAGCGGGCUGGGAGGCCACAGGGAGGGUCUGAAAAAGGAGACGGGAUUGCCACGAGGUUUGGGGGCGCGGGGAGAUAGCGGCUUGGAACGGGUUAGAAAAGCUCAGGUGGGGCCCGCCGGGCCGAAGCAGGUAAUCCGGCGCCCGGCCCUAGCCAGCCUCGGGGCUCUGGGCGGGGGAGAUCAUGGCCCGCCUCUUCAGCCCCCGGCCACCCCCCAGCGAAGACCUCUUCUACGAGACCUACUACAGCCUGAGCCAGCAGUACCCGCUGCUGCUGCUGCUGCUGGGGAUCGUGCUCUGUGCGCUCGCGGCGCUGCUCGCGGUUGCCUGGGCCAGCGGCAGGGAGCUGACUUCAGACCCGAGCUUCCUGACCACUGUGCUGUGCGCGCUGGGCGGCUUCUCGCUGCUGCUGGGCCUCGCUUCCCGCGAGCAGCGACUGCAGCGCUGGACGCGUCCUCUGUCCGGCUUGGUGUGGGUCGCGCUGCUAGCGCUAGGCCACGCCUUCCUGUUCACCGGGGGCGUGGUGAGCGCCUGGGACCAGGUGUCCUAUUUUCUCUUCGUCAUCUUCACGGUGUAUGCCAUGCUGCCCUUGGGCAUGCGGGACGCCGCCGUCGCGGGCCUCGCCUCCUCACUCUCGCAUCUACUGGUCCUGGGGCUGUAUCUUGGGCCACAGCCGGACUCACGGCCUGCACUGCUGCCGCAGUUGGCAGCAAAUGCAGUGCUGUUCCUGUGCGGGAACGUGGCAGGAGUGUACCACAAGGCGCUGAUGGAGCGCGCCCUGCGGGCCACGUUCCGGGAGGCACUCAGCUCCUUGCACUCGCGCCGGCGGCUGGACACCGAAAAGAAGCACCAGGAACACCUUCUCUUGUCCAUCCUUCCUGCCUACCUGGCCCGAGAGAUGAAAGCAGAGAUCAUGGCACGGCUGCAGGCAGGACAGGGGUCACGGCCAGAAAGCACCAACAAUUUCCACAGCCUCUAUGUCAAGAGGCACCAGGGAGUCAGUGUGCUGUAUGCUGACAUUGUGGGCUUCACGCGGCUGGCCAGCGAGUGUUCCCCUAAGGAGCUGGUGCUCAUGCUCAAUGAGCUCUUUGGCAAGUUUGACCAGAUCGCCAAGGAGCAUGAAUGCAUGCGGAUCAAGAUCCUGGGGGACUGUUACUACUGUGUCUCCGGACUGCCACUCUCACUGCCAGACCAUGCCAUCAACUGUGUGCGCAUGGGGCUGGACAUGUGCCGGGCCAUCAGGAAACUGCGGGCAGCCACUGGCGUGGACAUCAACAUGCGUGUGGGCGUGCACUCAGGCAGUGUACUCUGUGGAGUCAUCGGGCUGCAGAAGUGGCAGUAUGACGUUUGGUCCCAUGAUGUUACACUGGCUAACCACAUGGAGGCAGGCGGUGUACCAGGGCGAGUGCACAUCACAGGGGCUACCCUGGCCCUGCUGGCAGGGGCUUAUGCUGUGGAGGACGCAGGCAUGGAGCAUCGGGAUCCCUACCUUCGGGAGCUAGGGGAGCCCACUUAUCUGGUCAUUGAUCCACGGGCAGAGGAGGAGGAUGAGAAGGGCACUGCAGGAGGCUUGCUCUCCUCGCUUGAGGGCCCCAAGAUGCGUCCAUCACUGCUGAUGACCCGUUACCUGGAGUCCUGGGGUGCAGCCAAGCCUUUUGCCCACCUGAGCCACGUAGACAGCCCUGUGUCCACCUCCACCCCUCUCCAGGAGAAGACCCUGGCUUCCUUCAGCCCCCAGUGGAGCCUAGAUCGAAGCCGUAACCCCCGUGGACUAGAUGAUGAACUGGACACCGGGGAUGCCAAGUUCUUCCAGGUCAUUGAGCAGCUCAACUCACAGAAACAGUGGAAGCAGUCGAAGGACUUCAACCCACUGACACUGUACUUCAGAGAGAAGGAGAUGGAGAAAGAGUACCGACUCUCUGCAAUCCCCGCCUUCAAAUACUAUGAAGCCUGCACCUUCCUGGUUUUUCUCUCCAACUUCAUCAUCCAGAUGCUAGUGACAAACAGGCCCCCAGCUCUGGCCAUCACGUAUAGCAUCACCUUCCUCCUCUUCCUCCUCCUCCUUUUUGUCUGCUUCUCAGAGGACCUGAUGAGGUGUGCCCUGAAAGGCCCCAAGAUGCUGCAUUGGCUGCCUGCACUGUCUGGCUUGGUGGCCACACGACCAGGACUGAGAAUAGCCUUGAGCACCGCCACCAUCCUCCUUGUCUUUGCCCUGGCCACUACCAGCCUGGAUUUAGACUCAUUCCUAGAAUUCUAUUCCUGGAGGGCACCUGGGAAUCACCCAUCAGCCAAGUUACAGAAGAGGAAGCUAAGGCCCAGAGAGGCUAAGUGGCUGGCAAGAGCUCACACAGUGGCUCAGAGUCAGAGAAGUACUCUUGAUGCCCCUCACAUAACUCCUCCCCCAGUGAGGACCCCAGUGCUGAGGUUCCCUUCCCUACCAGAAAUAGCAGAAUCCACCCCUUUGGACGAGUCUGGCCCUGACUCAUCUCUGGGUCAGCUGAAACCCAGCACAAGCCACCAUUGUGCCCAAGAAACUACCUGCCUCUUCAGCUCCUCAUCUCCUCUGCAGUUCUUCUUCCCAACAUCAUCAGACUGCCCUUUCCAAGCUCCCAAUGUGUCCUCCAUGAUUUCCAACCUCUCCUGGGAGCUCCCUGGGUCUCUGCCUCUCAUCAGUGUCCCAUACUCCAUGCACUGCUGCACGCUGGGCUUCCUCUCCUGCUCCCUCUUUCUGCACAUGAGCUUCGAGCUGAAGCUGCUGCUGCUCCUGCUGUGGCUGGCGGCAUCCUGCUCCCUCUUCCUACACUCCCACGCCUGGCUGUCCGACUGCCUCAUCGUCCGCCUCUAUCUGGGCCCCUUGGACUCCAGGCCCGGAGUGCUGAAGGAGCCCAAACUCAUGGGUGCUAUCUCCUUCUUCAUCUUCUUCUUCACCCUCCUUGUCCUGGCUCGCCAGAAUGAGUACUACUGCCGCCUGGACUUCCUGUGGAAGAAGAAGCUGAGGCAGGAGCGGGAGGAGACAGAGACGAUGGAGAACCUGACUCGGCUGCUCUUGGAGAAUGUGCUCCCUGCACACGUGGCCCCCCAGUUCAUUGGCCAGAACCGGCGCAACGAGGAUCUCUACCACCAGUCCUACGAAUGCGUUUGUGUCCUCUUCGCUUCAGUCCCAGACUUCAAGGAGUUCUACUCUGAAUCCAACAUCAAUCAUGAGGGCCUAGAGUGUCUGAGGCUGCUCAAUGAAAUAAUUGCUGAUUUUGAUGAGCUGCUCUCCAAGCCCAAGUUCAGUGGGGUGGAGAAGAUCAAGACCAUUGGCAGCACCUACAUGGCAGCCACAGGAUUAAAUGCCACCUCUGGACAGGAUGCACAACAGGAUGCUGAACGGAGCUGCAGCCACCUUGGCACUAUGGUGGAAUUUGCCGUUGCCCUGGGGUCUAAGCUGGACGUCAUCAACAAGCAUUCAUUCAACAACUUCCGCCUGCGUGUGGGGUUGAACCAUGGACCAGUAGUAGCUGGAGUUAUUGGGGCCCAGAAGCCACAAUAUGACAUUUGGGGCAACACAGUGAACGUGGCCAGCCGCAUGGAGAGUACAGGAGUCCUUGGCAAAAUCCAAGUGACUGAGGAGACAGCCUGGGCCCUACAGUCCCUGGGCUACACCUGCUACAGCCGGGGGGUCAUCAAGGUGAAAGGCAAAGGGCAGCUCUGCACCUACUUCCUGAACACAGACUUGACACGAAGUGGACCUCCUUCAGUUACCCUAGGCUGAGAUUGCACUCCCCUUCUAAGAACCUCAAUAAAGAGACUCUGGGGUGUCUGGA